CUACUCAACAAGCUGCAUCGAUUCCACAGCUUCCAAUAUGACAUAGUAAUCUUCAGCAAGCGUCGCCGACUUCAGUAAGCCCGUCACUCCCAGCCGUAUGACCAAAUCCAUGAGGCGUUUUAAGUAGGAUACUUUUCGCCACUGAUUCAAUCCACUUUCUGCGAAUAUCUGGAAGACGACGUCCUUUUGCAGUUUAAGGGCACAAUCUAUGCUCUCAGCUUUUGACAUUUCGCUGGUGAAGUUUGUCACAGCCCGAGAUACAGCAUUCGUCAAACUGACAGUAAGAUCAAUGACAUUACGAUACAGAGCUGAUAGAAUAUAGGCUCUUCCAAUAUUAUCUGGAUUUCUUAGAAGGCCAACUUCAAAAAUCGCUUCUGACAGGUAUAUAAUGGCAGUAUUAAGUAGCAGAGCUACNAGUGUGUACAUCUUCACAACAUGAGUUGGUAUAAGUUUCUCUAUUUUCGAUGGCGGACUGUAUGUUAACGACAACAGGUCGACAAAGAGGAUCUCUGUCUCUUGCUCAAGGGGCUCUGCAGGUGCAUCAUUUACAAGACCAGAACUUCGCAAAUCCUCAAAUACACAUUUGUCGGAUGAAGAUAGCUUAAAAUUCGUUACAAAAGGGAACUUUCUGGCUAGACCUUUUGUGAACGACUCUGAGACUCGCCGAAGUUGUUGCUUCGAAACCUCUUCCAUGGGUCGGUUCAGAAUAGACUCCUUCUUGCACGUCGUCAUCAAAAUAUCGAUAUCUGCUGCUUUAAGCAACAAAGCCAUCGUAUCUCCUGAAACUUUAUCGAGUGUGUUAUGUUGGAAUGAUCAAGGAAGCUGCUGUGGCUUCACUCAUAUGAGCUUUGUCCAUCAUGUUGUUAUAAUCGCCACACUUGGCGAUAGAAGGUAACAAAUCAAGAAGAAACGUUGGACAAAGAUCUUGUAUAAGCACAUAGUCACUUGAAUCCAGUUUCACGGUUGCGUCGGUGAGGAUUUUUCGAGUGAUUGACGGUGACAAUGAAGAGGUAGGCCAAAUUAUGAACUCUAAUUCUGAAUCGUGCAGCCAUCCUUGUUCUACCCAAGCGCCAACUCUCUUUGCAAACAUUUUCCAAGCCACCUCGAAUAUCUCCUGAAGAUCUUGUAUUUCUUUCUCCACUACAGCCCUCAUUCGCAUGUUGUACAACAGUGUCAGUACCUGACCUCCGAUCAAGCAGUCCUUUUUCAAUGCAGCAACCACAUUAGCGUACACUUUAAUAGACGACUGCACAGUAGCAACACUGCGACUAAGCGUAUUCAAACCAAAAUCAGCCAAGUCAUAUGCUUCAGCUUCAAUGAUGGGAGAUACAAGCUUGUUCAAUCGCUUCAUUAUUUCCUCAGCUACAGCCCUCGUUGUAAGAGAGAACGAAUAAUCAUGCUUUAGAGCAUAUCCGUAAACUCGAACGUGCCAGAUGUCAAUGAAACUUUUCUUGAAUCUCUCCACCGCUGACCUCAUGAACGGAUCUAACGAAGGAUUCACUUUUAUUCCCACUGGCGCGUCAGUAUCGGAUCCGUAAGUGAAGCGGAUAUUUUCCGUUUCGUAACCAUAGUCUAACUUUGAAGCAAACAAACCAUUGA